CCAAUCCUUUUCAGAAUCUAGCUACAAUAAAAAAAAAUCUAUGUCCUUUGAUUAUAAUUAGUAGGAUAUUAAGGGCUGCAAUUUCAGUCUUAUCUAGUUCAUCAUGUUUAUGCAUUUUUUCCAUCCUUUAGAGGGUGCCCUUGUGAGUUUUAGUUUGAGCAAAACAUCCCAGAGAUAUUAGUAUCAUGGGUUGAGGUCAGGCUACUUACAAAAACCUCUCAGAUAUGUGGCGAGGCUGUUAAUAGAUGACUGGAUAGGGGGAGCUUAUUUAUGAUUUUUAAUCCUCUAACAUAUAAAAAAAGGUAAUGCCUAUACUAGAUUCAGGAUAAGAACAGGAUAAGCCAAACAAGUGAAGGCUGAGUAAAGCAACCUAGCUUUCAAAUGGAGGCACAGAAUGAAUAUCGUCGACUUAACAGGGGAAAAUCAGGGUGGAGGGUAAGAGUAGGGAGAAGAGGGCAAGCAAUCAGGUCCAAGCUUUUUGGUAAGAAAAGCAAUGAAUUGGGCAUAAUGGAAAAUUCUAAUUUUCCAAUACUCUUUGGAGAUAAUAGAAGUAAUGCAACUCCAGAUUCUGAAAGCCCCUCAAAUGGGUGCACAAGCACCAAAAAUACGCAUCAUCCGGAGGCCUUAAACAUGGGUUUGAAUGUAGACACACUGGAGAAUGAUCACCACAUGGAAACAUGCCAGAUCUCAAUUCACAGCAAGUGGAUAUUUGGCAGAGUUCUAGACCCAAGGAGCAGAGCUAUUCGGAAAUGGAACCGCUUCUUUCUUCUUAUAUGUGGAUUGGGAUUAGCCAUAGAUCCGUUAUUCUUCUAUGCUCUCUCUGUCAGUGAAGGAUUCAUGUGUCUGUACGUGGAUGGUUGGUUUGCAAUAACAGUCACGGUUCUGAGAUCCAUGUGUGAUGCAAUGCAUCUGUGGAAUAUAUGGCUGCAGCUGAAGUUAGCAUAUGUUUCAAAGGAAUCUCUGGUUGUAGGUUCUGGAAAGCUUGUGACAGACCCUCGUUCCAUUGCUCUGCAUUACCUGGGAUCCAGAAAAGGACUUUUAUUUGAUGUUUUUGUUAUCCUGCCUUUUCCUCAGAUUGUUUUAUGGGCGGUGGCUCCUGUGCUUAUUGAGAAAGGAGAGAUCGUGAUGGUUAUGAGUGUUUUCUUGAUUAUGUUUUUGUUCCAGUACCUUCCCAAGGUGUAUCACUCUAUCUGUCUUCUUCGAAGAAUGCAGCAUAUAACUGGUUAUGUUUUUGGCACAAUCUGGGCAGGGUUUGCCUUGAACAUGCUUGCAUACUUUGUUGCUGCUCAUGCUGCUGGUGGUUGCUGGUACCUGCUUGGAAUUCAAAGAACAGCAAAAUGUCUACAAAAGCAAUGUGAAGUCACCAAUGGCUGUGAUUAUAGCAUUUUGGGCUGUGUCAGUCCUAUAAUUUAUGGUUCAUCGCCGGUGAGAAAUCCAGAGAGAUUAGUUUGGGAAGCGAAUGCUACUGUGCAUGCAAUCUGCAUAAAAGGAAAUGGUAAAUUCAACUUCGGGGCUUAUAAAUGGGUGGUUCCUCUAGUUAUAAACACAAACCGGAUAGAAAAGAUACUGUUCCCAAUCUUUUGGGGUUUAAUGACACUAAGUACAUUUGGCAAUUUGGAGAGCACUACAGAAUGGCUGGAGGUGAUUUUCAACAUUAUAAUUUUAACCAGUGGAUUGCUUCUAGUCACAAUGCUUAUUGGCAAUAUAAAGGUAUUUCUGCAAGCUGCGGCUUCUAGGAAGCAAUCCAUGCAGCUCAAAAUGAGAAACAUUGAAGGGUGGAUGAAUCGCAAGCAGCUGCCUCAACAUCUGAGACAGAGAGUGAGACACUAUGAACGGCAGAAAUGGGCCGCAAUGCGUGGUGUAGAUGAAAGUGCAAUGAUUCACAACUUGCCUGAAGGCCUUAGGCGAGACAUCAAAUAUCACCUCUGUUUAGAUCUUGUACGCCAGGUGCCCCUGUUUCAACACAUGGACGAACUGGUUCUGGAAAACAUCUGCGAUCGGGUCAAAUCAAUGCUCUUUACGAAGGGCGAAACGAUAGCUAGAGAAGGUGAUCCAGUGCAACGAAUGCUCUUUAUAGUGCGAGGCCACUUCCGCAGCACAAACCAACUAACCAAUGGUGUUACUAGCUCUUGCAUGUUGGGCCCUGGAAACUUCUGCGGUGAUGAAUUACUUUCUUGGUGUCUCCGCCGCCCAUUCAAACAACGCCUCCCUCUCUCUUCUGCAACAGUUACUAGCAUAGACACCACUGAGGCAUUUGGACUAGAGGCCAAAGAUAUCAUCUAUGUCACUCAGCAUUUCCGCUAUACAUUCCUCAGUGACAAGCUCAAGCGAACUGCCAGGUAUUAUUCUCCAGGUUGGCGUACAUGGGCUGCAGUAGCAAUCCAAUUGGCAUGGCGACGCCACAAAGCCCGAUUUGCACUGAGUUCUUUAUCUUUCAUUAGAAUGCGAAGACCUCUAUCUAGAAGUUAUUCUGAGGAAGAUCGUCUACGUCUCUAUGCUGCUCUGCUUGUGUCUCCCAAGCCUCAUGACGAUGAUUUUGUGUUUCCUUCCAAUGAAUAAAUUGAAUAACAUAUUCAAGCUCUUCAUUUUUAUAAAUAACAAGGGCUGUAUUGCAGCUGUAGUCCUUCCAAAGGCUGAAAACUUGGAGCAGAAUUUGUAAAAUACAAAUCUUUGUGGUAUGAAAGAAUACAGUUUUCUAAGCUGUAGAAGUUCUUACUAAAAUUUGGGCAUUGUGUUUC